AUGGCUCAGCCUCGACACCAAUAUCACCAGGGAGUACUGAACUGGGACGAGCCACACUUGAGCCCGGUCCGGGUUCCGCAGGUCUGUGCGUGUCCUUACAGCGCGUCAAACAGAAAAGAAGACUCCUCCUAUUUGCUCCUGGAACCGGACAACCACUCAAAACCGUCACCGGACGUGUCUGCCUUCACCAGACUAAUGUCUGAGAUGGGCUCCAUGACGGGCGGUUCUGGUCCAAUUCAGGGCUACUUCCGCCCGGAGCAGUCAUACUCGGGGAUCAAAGUCCACGAGUACAACAACAGAGUGCACCGCUUGCCCACGGUCAAUCCACCGCGCGCUUCCCACUCAGACUCGCGCCAUUUGUACAACCUGAGCUUCCCUGUGCUGCCAUACCCAGACACUGACAUCAAGCGCGUUAUUGAUGACUUAGCGCUGGGCAGCAGUGAGUGUCCAGCCCAGAGAAGCGAUAGCAGCAGCAUCACCACCCUGGCCAGCAAUCAGACCAACACGGAAGACUUAGUCAUAGGUUUAUGGCGAGACAAGCCCCCAUCAGACUUACCCGAGGGCGAUAAAAGUUCCCAGACAGGAGACGCAAGGUGGGUAAAUGGAAUGAAAAUGAAAAAAGCUCUGAAAAGAUAGAACGCGACCAUGGCAAUAGCCACAGGAAAACAUGAUCCCGUCAAUCGAGACAAGGUGAUUUUUUUUUUAUGAAGGCUGUUAAAGGGAAGAGCGAGGAGAGGACAAAGGGAGCCAUUGCUCAAAAUUAAUUUAUUGCAUCGAACUACCCUCGCCAGGCUAAAUUGCACACAAUUUUACUGUGCACUCUUUUGAACAUCAAAAAAGCGGAAGUCUCCUUUGUGUUUAGGGAAAGUUAGCUAGGUGUAGCCUACAAUUGACUGUGGGCCCAGGUUUAUGUGAGGGUAGGCUAUAACCGACUGACUCAGUCUCACAAUAAAAUGUAGGCUAAAGCUAAUGCUAGCUGUUGCAAUGCUAGAUGCUAUAGCUAACAUGUAUAUAGUUUCGUAAAAUGAGCUAUCUAAUUUAAAAAGGGGAUCAUAUAAUACGGACGUUAACCAAUGAGCCAGAUAUUGACAUAGCUCUAGUCAGGUUGUAAAGUCAUUAUGCAUGGAAAUAUUUGGCAUUGAAUGUUCAAAUGACAUCAUUUUGUUCAAAAUAAUACUUUUCUGUACAACUAUACCAUGUUUGUCAAUGGUAAAUAUCGAAAUAAGUUGUCCAACGGCAUUUAGCAUACUACAAAUAAAUUGUCAUUAUAGGCCUAGUGAAACCAAUUAAUGGAUCAACAACAACCCAUUUCUACUUAAGAUGUUCAAUGUAUUUGUUCAUUUUUUCUGUGAAAUCUUCUGAUUUCUAUAGCCUACUCAGAAUAGAGCUUUGUCAUAUAAUGAUUUAUUGAGUAGGCUAGCAUCAUUUAGCCUAACAAUAGCCUAUGCCUCGCUAGAAGGCUACACACCAUUCACAUCAUCUGCUACAUUCAGAUAGACUGCUACAUAGCUUUUUGUCCAUUUGCAAAUUAAACAUAGGAAAAUAUUGAGAUUUGUAAAAUAUUUGAUCCAAACAUGGGCCUAGCAUCGUUUUUUGUUUGACUUAUGGGUUGCUAGACAAAUGGACUUUACUCCAGUAGCACGACAUUCGUUAAACUCAAUAACAGAAUUGUAAGAGCUAUUCCUAUGCCUCUCCUAUGCAUGUGUAGUCCUACAUAUUUUCCAUUUGUCCUUUUGAUAAUAGUUUGUUCUUUUGAUAAUACCCUAUUCACGCCCAAGUAGAAUGUAAGUCGUUUUAGCUAAGGCCUACAUGAUAACAAACCCUGCAUUUCAGAUAAUUACCAGAGAACUAGAAAUCAGUCAAUUAGCGGAGAAAAUAGAACACAAAACAGUUGUGCUACCUCUAUCUCUCUCUCUCUCUCUCUCGCUCUCUCUCUCUCUCACACACACACACACACACACACACACACACACACACACACACACAGGGGGAGAGAGGCAUGUCAUGUGACAUUAUAUCCCGCCAUAAACUGAAAUUCUCAGCCAGGUAAUGCCCGCGAGAGCAUUAUAGAAAUGUGCAUAUCCUGGAACAAAGAAUUCGUGCUCUGCCAUGCUACCACUAAAUACAUGUUUUGUCUUGUUUUGACAGAGGAUGCAACAUUCAAAAAUGAUGCAUCCUGUGGAUGGCUGUGGGCGAAGGCAGGGAGGAAGAAGCGCUGUCCUUACACCAAAUACCAAACCCUGGAGCUGGAAAAGGAGUUCCUCUUCAACAUGUAUCUGACUCGCGAUCGCCGCCUGGAGAUCGCUCGCAGUGUCAACCUCACUGACCGUCAAGUCAAAAUCUGGUUCCAGAACCGCCGCAUGAAGAUGAAGAAGAUGACACGGGAACACAGAACCAGGGACAAGAUCACACAUUUCCCCAUCUGA